AUGUCCAAGGCCGACGCGAAAGCACAGAAGAAGCAGAAGUUUGAGGCCGUCUUCCCGGUCUUGCGGGAUGAGCUGAUAGCCUACAUAACCAACCAGGGCAUGCCCGAGGAUGCAAUUCAUUGGUUCCACAAGAACCUGGAUUACAAUGUCCCGGGUGGCAAGCUCAACCGUGGUCUUUCUGUCGUGGACACCGUCGAAAUACUCAAAGGUGGGGCGCUCUCUGACGAUGAGUACUUCAAGGCUGCGACGCUCGGCUGGUGCGUCGAGCUGCUACAAGCCUUUUUCCUGGUCUCGGACGACAUGAUGGACCAGUCGGUAACGCGCCGCGGGCAGCCGUGCUACUAUCGACUCGAAAGCGUCGACCUGAUCGCCAUCAACGACUCGUUCAUGCUCGAGGGGAGCAUCUACCACCUCCUCAAGACUCAUUUCCGCGCCGAGCCGUACUAUGUCUAUCUCCUCGAUCUCUUCCACGAGAUAACAUUCAAGACGGAGAUUGGCCAGUUGAUUGACCUAAUCACGGCCCCCGAGGACCACGUCGACCUGGGCAAGUUCUCGUUGAACAAACACCAGCUGAUCGUCAUUUACAAGACGGCGUACUACUCGUUCUACCUGCCUGUCGCCCUCGCGAUGUACAUGUGCGGCAUCCCGCAUGCGUCCGGGUCGUCGGAUCCCUAUGAGCUCGCGCGCUCGAUCCUGAUCCCGCUCGGCGAGUACUUCCAGGUUCAAGACGACUUCCUCGACUACGGGGGCACGCCGGAGCAGAUUGGCAAGAUCGGCACGGACAUCAUUGAUAACAAGUGUUCGUGGUGCAUCAACACGGCGCUCGCUCGCGCGACGCCCGAGCAGCGUGCGGUGCUAGAUGAGAACUACGGCCGCAAAGACCCGGCAGCUGAGGCGCGCGUCAAGGCGAUCUAUGAGGAAGUUGGUGUCAGAAAGAUCUAUGAGGAGUAUGAAGAGGGAUCUUACAAGCGCGUCAUGAGUCUCAUCGAGACAAUUCCGGAGAACCCGCUGGAGCCAGAGGGAGGUAUUGCGCUGAAGAGGGAGGUAUUCAAGAGCUUCUUGAAUAAGAUUUACAAGAGGCAAAAGUGA